GUGUGUGUGUGUGUGUGUGUGCCCAUAUGUGUCUCUAUCUGUGUGUCUGUGUGUGCUUCCUUGCCUGUCUCACGGCUCCACCGCUCUGCUCCCAGGGCCUCCCGGCGGCUGAAUGGCAGCAGAGAGCGUCCGCGGCGCUGUCCCAGUGGAGGGAGCGGAGCCUCCACAACACCCCCCCCCACCCCCACGACACCGCCGCCGCCACCACCCCCACCACCGCCACUGUCACAUACACACACCCCCACGCGCACACGCACAGCCUCCAGCACGCACACACCCGCAGCCAGAGCCACGUCCAGUUCCCGCCCCACACACACGCCCAGCGACAGCAGGCUCCCCGUACACUGGCGCACACACGCAGCCACAGUCACACGUGCUUCAACAGCCAGGCGCACAUACCGUCGCACAAGUUCAGCCGCCGACUCACACACAGCCUCUCCGCCAUGACCAAGGGGGACAAGUCCAUCCGCAGCUCCCUGGUGAAGCUCACCAGACCCUCCGACCCCCUGCUCAGCCAGAAGCCUCCCCAGGAAGACAUGAGCCAGCGGUUGUCUUUCUGCAGUAAGCUAUGCUUCGCCAUAGGAGGAGCGCCUAAGGAGGUGGCUGCCAGUGCCACAGCCUUCUUCUUACAAAUCUACCUGCUGGACGUCGCCCAGAUCACCCCAAUGCAGGCCUCCAUGGUGCUGUUCAUCGGGAAGGUCUGGGCUAUCACGGACCCCCUGGUGGGCUUCUUCAUCACCAAGAGCAAGUGGACCAAGAUUGGCCGACUAAUGCCCUGGAUGGUGGGCUGCACUCCCUUCGUGGUGGUGUCGUACUUCUACCUGUGGUAUGUCCCGUCCUUCACCCACGGCAGAUUCAUCUGGUACCUGGGCUUCUACUGCCUCUACCAAACCCUCAUCACUUGCUUCCACGUCCCGUACUCCGCCCUGACCAUGUUCCUGAGCACGGACCAGAAGGAGCGCGACUCGGCCACCGCAUACCGCAUGACCCUAGAGAUCCUGGGCACGCUGGUGGGCGCGGCCAUCCAGGGUCAGAUCGUGGCCAGCGCCCACAUGAGGAAGCACUGCCUGGACCACGGUAACAGCUCCACCGGUUACCUCGGCAACGGCAGCGGGGCCGAGAUCGUCAAGAGGGAGGUGCACUCCCAGGACUUCCUGUCACAUUCGAAGGAGGUGUAUAUGAUCGCGGCCGGCGUGGUGGCGGCGGUGUUCCUGGUGUGCACGGUGGUGAUGUUCCUGGGGGUCAGGGAGAGAGACGAUCCGUACCCCACCCCAGUGGAGGAGCAGCUCCCCUUCCACAAGGGCUUCAUCCUGGUGAUGAAACACGGGCCCUACCUCACCCUGACCGCUGCCUUCCUCUUCAUCACCGUGGCCAUCCAGCUGGUGCAAAGCAACUUUGUCCUGUUCUGCACGUACGCGGUUGACCUGAAGGACCACUUCCAGAACAUUGUGCUGACCAUCCUGGUCUCGGCCGUGGUGAGCAUCCCCAUGUGGCAGUGGUUCCUGCAGAGGUUCGGCAAGAAGACGGCCGCCUUCUGUGGCAUCUCGUGGAUCAUGCCGUUCACCCUGAUGCUGGUGUUCAUCCCCUACGUGGCCGUAGCCUACGUGGUGGCCGUCGCCUCCGGGCUGAGCGUAGCGGCGUCCCUGCUGUUGCCAUGGUCCAUGCUGCCCGACGUGGUGGACAACUUCCGCCUGGCCAACCCCACCUCCAAGGGCCACGAGGCCAUCUUCUACUCCUUCUACGUCUUCUUCACCAAGUUCGCCUCGGGCAUCUCCCUGGGCGUGUCCACGCUCUGCCUGCAGUUCGCCGAGUACGACACGAGCUCGUGCAAACAGAAGCCUGCGGUGGCGUACACGUUGAAGCUGCUGAUCGGUGUGGCGCCGGUGGCCUUCAUUAUCACGGGCCUCAUCAUCCUCAUCUUCUACCCCAUCAGCGAAGAAGUGCGCCUGCGCAACAGGACGAGUUUGGAGGAGCUACGGAAACAAGGCAUGAUGUCCAAAACGAUGGAGAACUCGAGCAGUGUGUGACCUUGACCUGAGGGCAGAAGAAGCAAAACCGUUUCCAGAUUCAUUCCGGAACGUUCUCUAUAUUAUAGUGUAUAUUACACUGAUCUAAUUUUGUUUUCACGUAAACAUUUCUUAAGUUUCUGUGUUUUCACAUGGACAUAGCCAUCUUGAAUAUAUUAAAUAUAUAUAUAUAUAUAUAUGACUUAUUUAUAUAGAAGAAUGUAUAUCUUAUUUUGCAGUGUUAAGUUAUGCAUUGCGAGUAUUUAUUAAUGGAAUCAGAUUACAGUGGGUUGAUAUGGACAUAAUAAAAUAUUGUAAAAGUUG